AUGCACUAUCAAGAUGAUCCAUCAAAGUAUGACACAGCCAUCAGUGAGAUUAUGUCUUUAAGAGCGCAAUUCGCGAGACUAGUACCGGACGUAGAGACUGUGUGUCAAAUGAAACGUUAUUAUGCGCAGCUCACAAUGAUGAAAAGUCGUUUCCCAAUGGAGGAUGGUGACCCGAUCAAAAUUCCAUUCACAUGGAUGGAUAAAGCGAUGGAUAUGCCGAGUUCAACGUCAUUCGAAGAUGUCAAUUUUGAAUUGAUAUCUGUAAUGUUCAAUAUUGGUGCCAUUCAUGCCAGUAUUGCUGCGAAUGAAACACGAUCCGAUCUUGAUUCAAUCAAGAACGCGUUUACGCAUUUUCAAUGUGCGGCAUAUCCAUUUCAACAAAUCCGUGAUCAUAUGAAUGCAUCGAAAUAUUCAUCGAUUGAUUUCGAACCGACAUUGCUAACGUGGUAUUUGAAUGUUUCAUUGGCACAAGCACAAGAAUGUAUAUUGGAGAAGAGUCUGAUAGAUCAUCGUAAAAAUACAGUUAUUGCAAAAAUAGCGAUGUAUUUGCGAGAUAUCUAUAUCAGUUGUCGUGAACAUUUGGAGAGUUCUGGUCUAAGUGAUGUGAUUUCUUCAUCGAAAUAUAAGGUAAUAUAA